CAUCGUGUAUUUUAGGAAUGGCCGCGACAUGUACAACAUUAGAUUUUGCUGGUCAUAAAGAUGCACCGAAUAAAAAAGAUAAAUUUGAAUCAGGAAAUUUUGGUCGAGGCCAUUUAACCCUGAACACUUUAUAUUUCGUCCCAUGCUGUGGGGAGAUCCAACAAUGGGACAUUUAUGUAGAACAGCCGGGGACGGUCCAUCUACAGGUAUGGCGGAGUUCUACAUCCGGGUAUCAACUUGUGGGACAGAAUAACCUCACAUUUACUUCAGAUGGCUUGAAAGAGCAGGAAAUUGUUAUACUUCCGGCACAAAGAAUACACGUCCAGGAGAACGAUUUGAUAGGAUGGUAUUCCCCCGUUGACGAGGUGAUCCCUUACAAAUCGGAGGGUAGUGGAUCAACGAUUAUACAGGAGAGCAUGGCGAUGGUGUCAAUUGGAGGAGUAUUUGAUUGGAGUUCAGGGACGCAUGUGCAAAAGAGAACCUACGCCAUUAAAGCCCUGCUCGCACCAGGUAGUAAUCCAGUGAUGGUCACGUUUCCAGCCUCCGUGACCUUCAGUCACAUGACCUCUAUAGGGACUUCUGUUUACCUCCCCGUCAUAUCAGGGAAGGAUGAGACUACCACUUACAUAUUUACACUGAGUGGUACAGGGCCAUUUGUCAUCGAUUCAGGGUCUGGUAAUAUAACAACAUCCUCGUCAGUGACAGUAGGGACUUACAGUCUCUCUGUGACUGUUACUGACGCUUGUGGAAGAUCACAAACCCAGUCUUUCAACGCCAUAUUCACAAACAUGGCACCAGUGAUAUCCGGUCUUCCGUACAGUGCUGACCUUCAAGAGACAACCGUCCAAGAAAACUUCCUUCAUUCAAUUAGCAUUGAAGAUGGCGAUGGUGACUCUUACACGUGCAUGCUGGAAAACACCUCUCCUUCAUCAGGAAAUUUCUUUGUAAAAGCCAAUUAUUCCAUUACUCUCGGUUAUGACAUAGUCUCCAAAAGCAAUCCAGCUUUGUCCUACGCCUCUACAAACACAUACACACUGAAUAUCAGCUGUUCUGAUGGUAUCGACACAUCGUAUGGAAUAUUUACAGUCUACAUCAUACAGAAUAUAGCCCCAUCAUUCACCAAUCUGCCAUAUUCACUUAUAUUGUCCACAAAGUCAACUGCAGUAGGAACCUCUGUGUAUAAGGUCCAAACCGCUGACCCUGACAGCAGUACUCUGUCUACAAGCAGCACUUGCUCACCCUUGCCAUGUCCUUUUUCUGUUGCAAGUGAUGGUACAGUGACGAGCAUCACGGAUCUACGGACUGAGACCACCGUGUCGUACACCCUACAGUUAUAUGUUAAUGACAGUCUGGUUACAACUGGACCCAGUGUCUUAACAAUUACCUUAACAGAUUUGAAUACAGCCCCAACCUUUCUAAAUUUACCAAAGACAGUGUACGUAAGUGAGCACAUUUCGGAAUCCUCAGUAAUUUAUCAGAUUUCGGCACAAGAUUUAGAUGUUUCUGAUGUAUUGUCAACGACAUUUACCAUUCAGCCACCAGCUGGGACAUUACUGCUUAAUAUCAACGCCACUGAUUUGACAGUCAGGCGAAACAGUGGAGCAUCUUUUAAUUAUGAGAAUUUAUCUGCUAAUAAUUAUACAAUUUCUGUGACGACAACUGAUGGGAUAUUAAGUACCACCUUCAAUCUGAUGAUAUCUAUACUUGAUGACAACGAUCCUCCAAGCUUUAACCAAAACAUUUAUUAUGUUACUUCUAACGAGGGUCAGAAAGGAACAUCACUUCCGCCCGUGGGAUUUGGAGUAUCUGAUGAGGACAUUAGUGACACCUUUACCUUUGGGAUCACAGACGGAUCAAACUUUGUCAUCAAUGCUUCUACUGGAAUCAUUUCGCUUCUCGUAGAUAUUGAGGUGAAUUCAACCACCUCCUUCAAUUUAACUGUCAAGAUAACAGACACAGGUGGUUUGUCUGACACCUGUACCGUGGUGAUCGCAAUCCAGAAUGUCAACAAGAAGCCGUAUUUUACGAACUUACCUCAAACAGUCAGUGUUCCCGAAAAUACAGCUUCCGGAUCCUCUCUGUUUUCAUUGGGACUCAGUGACGAAGACCUGACCGCUACAACUGUAUCUUAUAUAGUCUCUCCUGCGUUAUCCUCUAAUCUGUUUUUCUUCAAUGAUUCAGAAAGGAAGCUUUAUCUGGCAAAUGGGUUUUACUUCGACUAUGAAGGAGCUGUUGUUUACAACUUAACCUUUGAAGCCAAUGACGGAACAGAGAUCUCAGACCCGGCAAUUCUGUAUUUAGAGAUUGCCAAUGUGAACGAACCUCCAAUAUUUCAAUCAACUUUUUAUUAUUUAUCAUUCAACGAAAACAAGAGUGGAUAUGCACUCCCAAACAUAGCGUAUGACGUCACUGAUCCAGAUGCAGGUGACAUAGUAACAUUCGGUAUAAUAGAUGGACACUUCAUGACAAAAAUAGGAAUAAACUCCGGUACUGGUCAGAUGCACUUGACAGCAGACAUCCUAGUGGACAGUACUCUUACAUCUAACCUGUCAGUACAAGCUACAGACUCAAACGGUCUAUCGUCCAAGGCUUCCAUUGAAAUCACAGUUUAUAACGUGAACAAUGCACCUUAUUUUACGAAUUUACCUUUCACUGCCAAUACGGAUGAGAACAUUUCGCCUGGAAGUGUUGUAUAUGACGUCACUGCGCGAGACGAUGAUGUAGCUGAUGUCUGUUCUUGUAGCGGUACAUUUUCACCGUCUGCUGCCGCUACAUUGCUGCACUUUGAUUCUGCCGAUCAAAAAGUGAAACUUCGAGCCAAUGCCACACUGGAUCACCAGCUUCUCAGUAGUGUGAUCGUGACUGUCUAUGCGUGGGAUUUGGCAGGUGCCACAUCAACAUCAAACCUUACCCUCAAUAUCGUCAACAUCAAUGAACCUCCAAAGUUUUCAUCGAAUAUUUAUUAUGGAGAUGUUCACGACGGAACGUUGGGAUCACCUGUCACAGCAUCAAUAUCAGCAGUGGACCCGGAUGUAACUGAUAUCCUUACCUUUAGUUUGAUAAGUCAGAGUGUCAGUGGAAUAUUCAACAUAAACACUAGCUCAGGAAUAAUCUAUACAGCAGUGGAUGACCCCUAUUCAAAGUCCAAUGGAAACUGCACUCUUGUUAUUCAAGUGCAGGACCAGUAUGGUGCAUAUGAUCAGGCAUCAGUGAUUAUCAGUAUUAAUCAUUUUAAUACAAAGCCUGAAAUUGCGAAUUUUACUGGACUUUUGUACGUAUCGGAGGCACUUUCUUCUGGCUCCUUAUUAACUAUUUACUCCAUCAUCGAUCCCGAUACGAAUGACGUCAUUACAGAGAGAAUAAAUUUGGCGCAUGCGUCAGCUGAAAACAAGUUCCUGUUUAAUAUUUCAAAUCGACAGCUUUACGUCUUCAUGAAGGAUCUUGUUGACUUUGAGUCAAAGAGCUCUUACAAUCUCACAUUCAUUUUAAAUGAUGGUUAUAAUGACUCUCCUCUCUAUGAGCUAAUGAUAGCAGUGGCAGAUGUGAACGAGUCUCCAUUUGUACAAUACAGCAUUUAUCACGUGACAGUUCAAGAAAGUACAAGUGGAACUGUGUUGAAUUUAAACAUUACGAUCUCUGAUCCUGACAUUGGUGAUACUGCCACGUGUAUUAUAUUAAGUGGGAACGACAACCAGUACUUCAGCAUACAUCCUACAACGUGUACAAUGUCUCUGGCUAAAGACUAUGAUAUUGAUUCGGAACUACCCUCAUCGCAUUCCUUAAUAGUUAAAGUUGUUGACAACAAAGGUCUCUUCACAACAACAACAGUGAACAUCAAUGUUGUUGAUAUCAAUGAUAACUAUCCACGCUUUGAAUGGCCAGAAUAUAUUACUUUUAUUGCGUCAGACUCCAUAAUCGGUUCUCAGUUACUGACUAUGAAUGUAAGUGAUAGUGAUAGUGGUCUAAAUGCAAAACUAACGUGUCAAAUGGACCCCCACCAUUAUACAAGUCUUUUUGUUGUUUCGACAAACUGUAUCCUCUACCAAAGUGAGAGUUUAGAUGGAAUGGCUGAAGGGACUGAAGUCAAUUUUACCACAGUUGUAGAAGACGCGGGGUCGCCGUCUUUGUCAGCAUCUGCAUUGGUCCGUGUCAUUGUCCAAGGUACAGUGAAUUCAGUAGCACCUCAGGCAAGUGCUACGUACCAAGUGACUAACGAUUCCGAGGGCAUAGACUUCUCCGACUGGCGAGUUUUAGCGGGAUGUGGCACUAUUGGUCUUGUAUGUCUUCUAGCAAUAGUAAACUCAGUCAUUUUAUUCCGAAGAGGAUGUAGCAAAACACAAAACUUUGAUAAGGAUCACACAAGUUUUGCAAAGGAGGAGGGAACAGUAAAGGAAGAUGAGAGAAAGCAGAACUCACUUGAGAAUGAGAAAGCAACCAACAAUCGACGUAGCUCUAAAAAUUCUGUCCAUAAAGUUAGGAAGACGUCUUCAUUGCCUCUAUCAACUCCCAAAAUGGAAACCAUAUCUGUUUCCAGCGCACGGUCUGAGGAUCUCAGCAGUAAUCUAACUCCUACAGACAUUUCUCUCAAUGAUUUCCCAUCAAACUAUGUGAACAACCAGACAAGCAGUUCUUCAUUAGCAAGGGAAGACAACAAACACUUCUCCUCCUUCUUUAAAAGCAGUCGUCGUAUCAGCGAUAUAACGGGGCCAAGCUCUAACUAUGACUUUUUCUAAUCUUUAGAAGCUAAUCUUUUGCUUUGGAUACAGAAAGUAAUGUCAAUUUGUCUUGUUUUUCUGUUUUUUGUUUUACAGUUUUUAA